GCCUGGGAAACCCCGAGACAACAAGAUGGCGGCGCCGCGGGACGGCUCGCUGGCCCCGUGGAAUCCCUGACAGUGAACCUCAAGACUAGAGCUAUGAGCUCACCUCUGGCCUCUCUUAGCAAGACACGCAAGGUGCCCCUAGAGUCGGAGUCUGUGAAUCCUGGGAGACGAGGGAUAAGAAUCUACGGAAAUGAAGAUGAGGUGGACAUGUGGAAUGAUGGCCAAGACUCAGAAGAGAAGACCUCUCUGCCUUCCUGCUAUGGAGGCAUCGGUGCUCCUGUGAGUAGGCAAGGACCCCAUGACUCAGAGCAGAUGGCCUCCAUGACCAGGAAGCUGCAGGAGCUGGAGCAGCAGUUGCAGGCCCAGAACGACGAGAUGCUGUCCAAGGAGCAGAAGAUCCUGGACCUGGAGGACUUGGUGCAGACCCUCCAGCAGCACCAGAACAAUACAGCCCUGCAGAGGCAGGAGGAGCUGGAGACACAGUGCAUUCAGCUGCAGCGGCAGAUUGGUGAGAUGGAGCGAUUCCUCAGUGACUAUGGCCUGCAGUGGGUGGGCGAGCCCAUGGACCAGGAGAACUCAGAGGAAAAGACAGUCUCUGAAAAUGAUGAGCAAGACUGGAUGAAGGCCAAGAAGUUCUGGAAGCCAGGGGAUUCUUUGGUGCCCCCCGAGGUGGACUUUGACAGACUGCUGGCCAGUCUACAGGAUCUGAGUGAGCUGGUGGUGGAGGGAGAGGCCCAGGUGACACCGGUGCCUGGUGGGGCUCAGUUCCGUACCCUAGAGCCCAUCCCGCUGAAGGUCUACCGGAACGGCAUUAUGAUGUUUGAUGGGCCCUUCCGGCCCUUCUACGAUCCUUCCACGCAGCGCUGCCUCCGGGACAUACUGGAUGGCUUCUUUCCCUCAGAGCUGCAGCGGCUGUAUCCUGAUGGAGUCCCCUUUAAGGUAAGCGACCUGCGAAAUCAGGUCUACCCAGAGGAUGGUCUGGGCCCAUUCCCAGGUGAGGGUCGUGUGGUGGGCCGGCAGAAGAUGCGCAAGGUCACAGACAGGGCAGAGGAGACUUCAGGCUCCAGGAUGACGGCUGAGAAAUUUCUGAACAGGCUUCCCAAGUGUGUAAUCCGACAAGGCGAGGUGAUUGACAUCCGGGGCCCCAUCAGGGACACCUUGCAGAACUGCUGCCCAAUGCCUGCCCGGAUCCAGGAGACCAUAGUGGAGACACCUGCCUUAGCUUCUGAGCGGCAGAGGAACCAGGAGUCACCUGACAUGCCGAUGCCUCCGCUCUCCAUGCUGCGCAUCAAGUCCGAGAAUGGAGAGCAGGCCUUCUUGCUGAUGAUGUGGCCUGAGGAUACCAUUGGCGACGUGCGGAAACUCUUAGCACAGGCCAGGGACAUGGAUUCAGCUGCCUUUGAGAUCAUGAGCACCUUCCCGCCCACAGUCUACCAGGACGAUGCGGUGACUCUGCGGGCCGCAGGCCUGGUUCCUAAUGCAACGCUGCUGUUGCGGAUCCGACGAGCGGCGAACCCCGGCUCUGGCCCAGGCUCACUGCCCUGAAUAAAGUGCCGCCCCUGACAU